AUUUUGACAGUUAUACAUGUGUGUCGGUGUCGAUAUAUUUGUUAUGAAUUCGGUGUACGUGUGUAAGAAAUGACUCGAUUUCUAAAUAAAAUUCAGCAUCUAAACAAAUAAAUUCGUUACUAUUUAAUGCCUUUUAUUGCUAUAAACUAUAUUACUUCGAAAGAUACAUUUUUGUGUUCAGAUCAAGGGCGCUGAAAGCUUUGAUUUCUUUAUUGAAAAUCAAAUAGACAUUGAAUCAUGGACGAAGUAUUAGAUCAAUUAAAUAAGACUAGUUUUAUUGACCUAUACAAACAAAAAAGCGACAAUCAAGAACAGAGAAGAAAAGAUCUUCUUAAUGCUCAAAAAUCGCUGCGUAACAACUUGGUGGACACAUGCAGAGGAAUAUUGGGAUUAGUAGAUGCGGUAGAUAACAAUGACUUCUUUCAAGAAAAAAAGGUUUUAUACAAACCCAAAAUAUUUGUGGCUGGUUUUACUCAGUGUGCAUAUAGCAAUGUUCUGAUGUUAUCAGAGUGGAUGGUUGAAAAGCCGGAAGAUUUUCAUGAAAAUUGGUAUGUGGUACCCUGCCCAAAAGGCAUUAGGACGCUUGUGGUGGCCAACAGAGGUACAACAAAACUCUUUUCAAAAUAUGGGCAGUUCAGAGGUGAAUACAAAACAGCCUUGCCUGGUGGUCACUCUGGAGGAUUAAAGAACCGAUGCUGCAUCCUAGACUGUUUCCAACCUGAAAACUCCAAUAUUAUGUAUGUUUUGGACCUAUUAGCUUGGAAUACUCAGCCAAUGACAGAUGGAGAGACAGAAUUUAGACAUUAUUGGAUGGAAAGUAACUUCCGAGAGAUACCUGAGUUGGAGAGGAUAACUAAGAAAAAUAAAUUAAUAUUUAAAAUAUUACCCAAAGUAUUGUGCACUCGGGAGAAUUUUAACGAAUUCAUGAUGAAAGUGCCACACUUUCCAGAUUUUAAUCCUCGCCUGGAUGGUCUGCUGUUCUACCAUAAACUGGCGCAUUAUUACUCAGGAGAAACGCCGCUGGUCGGCUGGAUGUACCCUUAUAUGGUGCCAGAAGUGUUCGGAGAAGAUAUCACAAUAAAUCCAUUUUACUUAGAGAAACCUCCUAACUACGUGAAUCAAGCAGAGUUCAUAGCUCGUUUUAAUGAGACGUAUAGAAAAAGGGCAAAGAAGGCGCGAAAUUCUGAACAGGCAAUGGAAACUACGCCUUCCUCACCUCUUAGUGAAAACAAUGACAAUAAAACAACUGAGUCCCAACCAAUGGACCAACUAGUUCCAUCAGAAAAGUUUGCAACUGAAAGUGAAUCAAGUAUGGAGUAGGAAGCACCUUCAAGAAAUCAAUGUGGUUUGUGUCAAGAUAUUAAUCGACUUCCCAGGAUGAAGGAGGUUCUUAUUAGUACCUAUUGAAAUGUACUUCAAGCAAUAUUCUUUAUAUUUUUCCUAAAGGAGUCUCGAGUGUUAAUUGGAUGUACUAGUCUUUAAGCAUAUGAUGUGUUUUAUAAGGAAGUGUUAAAGGCAAGUUUAGUACGCGAUCUGACAUAGGUUUUUUAAAAAAAUCUUAGAAAAAUAGCCACUUCACG